AUGCUUUUGCUUUCGUUUCCAGCCGCAAAUGUCCUGUUAUCGGAGCAGGGUGAUGUGAAAGUGGCCGAUUUUGGUGUUGCCGGUCAGCUGACAGAAACCGUAAAGAAAAGGAUCACAUUUGUUGGGACGCCGUUUUGGAUGGCGCCCGAAGUGAUCAAGCAAGCUUCUUACGAUUCCAAGGCGGAUAUUUGGAGUUUAGGAAUAACAGCGAUUGAGCUGGCGAAUGGCGAGCCACCUCAUUCUGAUUUGCAUCCAAUGAGGGUGCUCUUUUUGAUACCCAAAAAUGCGCCGCCCCAGCUCAAUGGAUCUCAGUGGACUCGC